GACGAUUUAUAUUUGCAGUUCGAUCACUCUAAGGCAGCCGACGUUCGAAACAAGGAAAUAUCUCUAAAAGGCUAACUUGCUCCAAUCUUCUGUGUACUCUCACGGCUCUAUUCUCUGAGAAUGCUUUGGUCGUGAUACAACACUUAAGUCCAUCAUGCUGGUAUCUCCCUGUCAGCAACCUAAAAAGCGCCCUGUCAACGGAUCAACCAAGUUGGACACGCAUUUCUCUUCUUUCAUACCGAGAUAUAUGCAGCUGCUGUUUCCAUGGAUUUAUGCGAUUAGCUCCCGCGCGGAUGUUGGCUGCGUGACUCAGUUGCUCGAAAACUUGACGACGUGUCAUAGGUGUGCAGACAUCCCCGCUCUUGCUUAUAUCCCCGCUCUUUGUGGCAGCUUCUCCUCUGUAGGAUAAGUACCACCCCUCCGUUCAAGGAGGCAUCAAACACAGAGGCUGAGCUGAUGUAUCACGUGACAUUCUGGCCCAACCUGCCCCUACAGAAGUUCCAGCCGUGGAACAACCCACGACUACCUCAUCCGAUCCUAUGCAUAAAACACAGUAGGAACAAGGAUGAUGGGA